UUCAAGACGGAGAGUCCGUUUCAAAUCACUACACCCGAGGGACAGUUUACUGUUUCAAGCUGGAUCGAAUACGAAAACUUAUGGGUCAAGUGGUGACCAGAUCACAUGAGAACCUAUCGGCUUUAUCAUCAAGAUUGAACCAACGAAAUUCAACGCAGGUUAGGGAGUCCAAUGAGUACUCAACUAACCGCCGUCCAGUUACGAUUUUCGGCAGUGCAACACCAGUCCCCAAUAACUUAGAACCACUCCCGAAUGCGCCGAAUCAACCCACGCCAGGAGCAACAAGCCUCAAUUAUCAGCAAUAUCAAACAAACAUUAUCUACGCUGAGGCCCAGUAUCCUUUCCAAGCAAUUGACGACAGUGAAAUUUCCUUUAACCCCGGCGACUAUUUUAAAAUUCUAAACACAAUUGGGUUUCACGAGGGGAACGACUGGUGUAAUGCAUUGAAUUUGCAAAACAACAAGGAGGGACUCAUUCCUAGAAAAUACGUCCGUACGGUCAGACAGAUCGAAACAGAGCCAUGGUUUUUUGGAAAGAUGAGCAGAGAGAACGCAGAGCGACUGCUGCUUGCGGACAACAGUUCGCAGGGCACGUUUUUGGUGCGAAUCAGCGAGACGAACGCAAACUACCUGGCCAUCUCUCUCAGGGACAAUUCUGCCACUGGAGAGAAAACGGUGAAGCACUUCAAAGUCAAAAUCAGCUCGACUGGCAGGUUUUACAUCGUGAUCCACGAGUCCUACCCGACUCUAAAAGCUCUCAUCGAGCACCACAAAGUGUACCCGACCAACGUGUCCUGCCUGCUGCAGCGGCCUUGUCCAAAGAAGCCCCCCGUGGUUAACCACUGCCCUCCAACCCUGCCACCGCGGCCAACCUACUCCAGGGUGGUGAAAAGACCCAGGGUUCCCUCCACCAUCGCACCACCGCCACCCAUCCAUGUGAUAGAACCCGAGGAGGACGUGUUCUCGGAGGCCAGCGCCGAGCCCUUUCCUCCCUUUCCCCCGAUGCACUCACAGACCAUAGAUAUGAGUAACUAUGAUCCGCCUCCCACGCCUCCGAUGCGAUCCUACAAGAUACACGGCAGGCCACCAACUCCAGAAAGCCCUACAGACGAAAGCCCAAAACCCCUGCCCGUUGCGGCGGCCAGACGAAUUACGCAGCGCCAGGAAAACGACUCGAUUCAACUAGUGCAAAUUCUGGGCGACGGCUUUUUUGGAGAUGUGUGGAAAGGAAUAUGGAAAGGAGAGGAGGUAACCCUGAUGAUAAUCAAGUAUGGAGAUGGCAUUUAUAGGACUUAAUAAUUUAUUUAACUUAACUUAUAGUUAUGCAUUCAAAGUUUGAAGAGGAUACAUUCAAAACUAGCAAUAAUAUAGGAUUUGGGAUUCAUGUACGUCUCAAAUGAUCAUUUUGUAAUUCAUUACUGAAUAAAUAAACAAAGUACGCUACUGAAGUGUAUAAGUAGGA